AGUACUAUUAAAGAAAAUAAUGAAGAGCAAGAAGUUAAUGAAAAAAUAACUACUCUUUUAGAUCAACAAGAAAAAGAGGCCUUUAUUCAUAAGCUUCAUACUAUAAUCUGUUAUAAAACUAGAAUAUGUUUGUCUAAAAUUAAUCAUGAAGCCACAUUUAAAAUUUUUAACAAUCUUCAAAAACUAUCAAAAUCUGAAUACAAUAUGCUUUUAUUAGGAAUACUUCAUAUAAUAACUCGUCCAACUGAAACAUUAUGUGAUAAAGAAAAACAAUACUUAACCGUUAAAUAUACAUUUGAUACAAAUAAAAUUUGUGAAAAAGCAUUUCAAACAAUAUACUCACUAUCUAAUAAAAAAUGUGAUAAUAUUCAUCAGCACUAUCAUACAAAUAGUAUCAAACCUAUUAAACAUGUGCUUAUUAGAAAAAAACCUUUUUCUGCUUUGUUAUUUACAACUGUUUUAAACAUUCUUACAUUUAUUAUUAAUUACACAAACUGCUAUAGAUUACCAUCAUCAGGCCAACAUUUUCAAGAAGAUACUAUGGCUAUUAUAUUUCUUUCAGCUAGUAAAAGUUAUGCAGUAUUACAUUAUAUUUAUCAGUCAAAUUUAGAUGAGAAUUCUGAUUACUAUGUUAGCCAUUGGUCUUUUAUGUGGAUUUGGAAAAAAUACGUAUCAGAAAUUCACUUUUUGUCUCCUAGAAGCAAUUUAUGUAUGUUAUGUAAAAAUAUGUGA